AGCGCUUUAGCCAUGAAGAAUAUUGAAGAUUUCAAUGAUGUUGAAUAAAAGAGAAAAAUUUAAUGUUUUCUUGUAAAAAUCUUCGCUUUUGAAGCGAAUUUAUGUACUGUAGAGUUGUCUUUUGUGCUCGAGUAAAAGAUCAAGCAGAAUGAAGCCGAAUCAGGAGACAAAUGCGUCUGGGUAUGUAUCUAUUGUUGCUUGGUGAAAAAGCAGGAAAUACGGCAAAUACCAUCUUUGUUUAUUAAUCCAGGGGAGUUUCACUAGUUUUCUGCUAAAGAUUUUCGUGUUAUUUUAUAUCUGCGCCAAAAUGAUCGAAAAUUGAAAAAGCUUGCGCUUGUAGUACAGCAGUAUCGAACUUAAAAGUUUUAUUUUGUGCAGGAAAUCCAGACUGCAAAGUUUGGAAAUUGCGCGCGGAAGAUUUCCAAAAUUUAAUAGUAAAUAUAUAGAAAGAAAUAUAUAAAAAAUGCGCGCGGAAGAUCUUCCGCGUGCGGUGGAGAAAAUGCAGUCUGGCAGGAAAUAUUUUUUCCUUGGGAAAAAUGCGUAGAAAACUAGAAAUGUUAGAUAUUUUCACAGAAAGUUUAUGCCAGACCAAGGAUCCUGCAGUCAGAAAGUGUUUUUGUCAAAUACGAAGAUCAGAAAUCUGCUUGGUUCUUGGCUCACAAAAACAUUUUGUGCAUAUUGAAAUUCUUGGGUUAGCACUUUUUUCCAUCCAGCAAACCGCCCUAUCGAUUUUCUAAAGGUGUUUUUUAAUUUUUUUUUUAUUAAUUCAGUUAGGGUUGCGGUUAGGGGUUAGAGUAGGGGUAGGGUUUAGGUUAGUUACAUAGCCAUUUAACACUUCUUUCAUCUUCCGAAAAUGACGUUAGGUCAGUUCGCUGGAUGGAAAAUAGGGCUAACCAUAUUCUUGAGAAACUUCGCAGUUUUUUACAAUUUGAAAAAUUUUGUGCAGAUUUCCAUAAUUGGAAGAAGUUUCGUGCACGAAAACUGAUUUCCUCCAAAGCCAAAACUUUACAGACUGGUAUAUGUUGUACUCAGAACUUUCAUAACUCAUCGAUCUACUACUACAAGUCAUAUUAAAAGUCAUCUUAUUGAAUUAUAUUUGUUUACAUUUUAAUUUAGUUUGUCAGAGCUGCCUGGUUUUGAAAAUGUAAAUCUGGAAAGUAUAAAUGAAACUACGCUGAGCUCAGAAGACCUAGAGUCGCAUAAAAAACAAUUAUGGUUAAUCAAAGUCCCAUACGAGGUAAAACUUUCAUUCGCUUUUAGCUGUUGGCAUUUGCAUCCCUAUUGAGCCUGUUUUGAUUUUAAGCCCUGGGUCAACUAGGAAGUAUUGUUGUGAAAACAUAGUUUCCUUCCAAUGUUUCGGCAUGUUUCCAGAGUGGGCAAACACUAGGAAACAUUAGUGAGGAACAUAGAGAAACAUCAAAUGUUUCUGAAUUUGCUAGGAAACAUUUUUGCUUCUCGGGAAGCAAAUUUUGUUUCCGCAACGUUUCCACGGGUGGGCAAACAGGGAAACAUUUGAGGAAACAUUGAGAAUCAAAAAUGUUUCCACAACAAUGUUUCCUAGUUUGCCCAGGGCUUUAGUUGUCUUGUAAAUAAAACAUAUAUUUUUUGCUAUUCCCUCUCUUUAGUUUGAUGUAUCAAAGUUAUCAGGAACAACCGUGGUUUUGAACGGAAGUCAGGAUCUUACAAUUAAACAGGAUGACGAGGUUAGUUGUCUUGGGCGGUCUGUACUAGUGUAGGGCAAAUCUUCCCUGGGGGCCCCAUGACAUCAUUAUUUUUAAACUAGACCAUAGCUAGACUUCAUAUGGGUGUACUGUAAGGGGCCCUCAACUUCAAAAAUGCUCUGAUCAAUUUAAAGAACCUACUCAAUUUUAGCCUCUCGCUCUCAAGUUGGGGCCCAGGGCAAUUCCCCCCCCCCCUGCUUGUCACAUAUUAUUAUAUAUUUUUGUCUUCUUUUAGAAAAAUGACAGAAGAUAUGAAUGUCGAGCCUCGAAGUAUGGCCAAAAUGAGGUUGGUUUAUCACAGAUAAUCUGAUAGAUUAUCAGUGAGUAUUUAAUCCAUUAGGAUGCAUUGUAACAUAAUCCACCCUACUUUAUUAUUUUACUUUGUCUAAUGCCAGGUGAUUUUACUUGUCAAGGGGAGAGCGCUGCCACUCAAUGGGUUAAUUUAACCAGAUUAUCUGCCCAUGUGUCUAGUUAACCCAUUAAGUUGCAUUGCUUCCUACUUUAUUAUUUUACGCUGUCUAAUGCCAGGUGAUUUUACUUGUCAAGGGGAGAGUGCUGGCCCUCAAUGAGUUAGCAUUCAUUUGCUUUUAUCUUGCAUUUUUUAUUUCUUCACAUAGUCUUGUCAUUAUAAAAUGGUUGUACCGUCAAAGACUAAAGGUUGUCUCAAUGUGGGUGAGUGUAAGCAAUUGCAGGCUUUCUUGUCAUCCUACUUUUCCUAUUUUUCUUCAACUUUCCUACUUUUCCUAUUUUUUAUUAAAAAUUGCUUGAUUUUCCUACUUUUUCUCAUAAAAUCCUACUUAAUUUUUUCCCUAUUUGUGUCCCAGAUGAUAAGAUCUCAGGAAGAGAAGAAGUACAUUUUCUGAGUAUAAAAUUCCAUAGCAUCUCUAUAUAUACAAAUAUACAAUCAUAAUCAAUAAAUUAAUGAAGAAUCUGAAAAUGCCAUUUCCGACGAUUUAGAGAUGUCAAUUGGGGCUUUGCCCUGUUUCUUUCUCCUGUUGUCACUGUAAAGCUGAUAACUAAUUCAAUAAAUUCAAAUUCAAUUCACACCCCCCUCAGUUAUUCAAGCAUCAUAUGCUCCUGCCACACAGUGUGGAUUAAUGGUGGCGCAGCCAAAUACAUGCACUUGCACGCAUAACACAUUUAAUAUCAUUCUAUAAAUGUCUAUAUUUAUUAAUAUCUAAUUUUAAAAGUUUUGAGAAACAAAUCCUGCAUAGAUGAAUGAGCUAUAAAAAAAAUAUUGAGCACCAAAAAUUCACACAACUUCUCUAUCAGAUAUCUAAUGGUCCACCGCUUACCACAUAUAUCCUAGGGCGCCAAUUUUGUAUAUUUUUGUGUUAUUUGCAUCUCCAAAAACUCCUACUUUUGUCCUACUUUUCUACACAUUUUCCUACUUUAUUCCUACUUUUCCUAAAAUUCUAGUCCUACUUUUAUCCUACUUUUCUACACAAGGGUGCCAGAAAGCCUGCCAUUGUGAUAUCCAUUUUAGAAAAGCGAAAAAGGUUUUACUGUAUAUGUUAGAAGAUGGUCUGGCUUAGAAAAGAGUGUAAUUUCAAGCAUACAAGCCACAUAAUUAGCCAAAAAUAGGAUGGCAAGGUUUAUUGUUAAAAUAUUGGUAUACAGCUCUGUAGUGUAAUCCGCCUUCUAAAAGUUUAUCAUUCUACUAUUCUCUAUCACGAUACAGCUAAGGAUUUUUCGGGUCACAUGGACAUUAUCCAAACAGUCAAAGUUCCCAUGCUCAACUAUCCCUCUGCACCACCUCCAAUGUACACAGAUAUCCCCAAGGGACUCAAACCACGAUGGAAACCGUUUGGACAUCGUAAGUUGCUUUACUUUAAAAAACAUUUUAACAACCGUUAAGUCGUCCCGAAAAUAUUUCGCUCAUUCCACGUUUUUAUUCCGAUCAGGGACUCCACCAAAAAUAAAUAAACGAAAGAUGGUAGAAGAUGACAAAAGUCUCAAAGUCGGCGAAAAACGAAAACGAGUUGAUCGGAAAAAAGGAGAAAGUCAUGAAAGUCCCAAGAAAAAGAAAAAGAAGAAAAAAACGAAGAAUGAGUCUGGCUAUGGAAGUGCGUUACAGCUCGAUGAUGUAAGAUAUCUCAAAUGUGGUGGU